AUGUUGGCUUCCCCAUUCACUCGGACUAGCAUCUUCCUUCGUUCUGCAAGCACCAUGGCUCCUCGCGGCCUCAGCGCAAUCCUCCAGAAAAACCCAGACGAUGUUGUCAUUACUUUCGCUAAGCGCUCUGCUAUGGGUCGCGCGAAGAAAGGCCAAUUGAAGGACACGACCGUUGAUGAACUUCUCCAUGCGUUGUUCAAGACAACUCUAGAGAAAACUAAACUUGACCCUUCCAAGAUUGACGACAUUUGUGUUGGAACCUGUCAUCCACCCUCGCCUCUCUAUGUGUCAAGGGCCGCAGCACUAGCUGCCGGUAUUCCCAACCAUGUUCCGAUAUCCACUGUGAACCGUUUAUGCUCCUCUGGCCUCAUGGCAAUUCGCAGCAUCGCUCAUGCGAUCCAAGCCGGAGAGACUUCCAUUGGGCUUGCUGUUGGUGUCGACAGCAUGUCUUUACAGUCAGUCUCUCUGCUCAAAAAUAAAUCACAAUCCGAAUGCCCUCCAGUCCGCGUCCAACACCUCAGAUCUCUGAUAUUGUUGACCAGAAUGUGGAGGCUCACGAUUGCAUCCAGGCAACCAAUGGGCUGGACCUCCGAAAUGGUUGCGGAAACGUACAAGGUUUCGCGAGAAACUCAGGAUAAGUUCGCCCUCAUCUCACAUACUCGGGCUAGCGAGGCUCAAUCUAAGGGUGUCUUCGCCGACGAGAUUCUUCCCCUCGAAUUCAAAGGCCAGAUUGUGUCUGUCGACGAUACCAUUCGGCCUGGCGUAACAGCAGAAUCACUUGCUGGGUUGAAACCAGUAUUCGCAGAUUGGGGCCAUGCCUCGACGACUGCUGGAAAUGCUAGUGGUGUGGGAGACGGUGCAGCGAUCUGCAUUUUGACCACAAGGGCGCGUGCUGAACGAGAAGGGAUGGAAAUUAUCGGUAAAUGGGUGGCAAGUUCUGUCGUCAGUGUCGAGCCACGAUAUAUGGGUAUUGCCCCCAUCUAUGCCAUUCCAAGAGUUCUGGAGCAAGUCGGAUUGAAGAAGGAAGACAUUGAUAUCAACGAGGCCUUCGCGUCGCAGUUUGCCUACUGCGUAGAGGAGCUUGGAAUCCCAAUAGAGAAGAUUAACCCCAACGGAGGCGCAAUUGCGGUCUCGCAUCCGCUCGGAAUGACUGGCGUUCGCCAAGUGGUGACCGGACUCGCCGAGUUGAAGCGUAAAAACGCGUCUCUGCUUUGCACUUCAAUACCCACCUACAAAAUGGCCACUCAGAUCUCCAAAAAGCGCAAAUUCGUCGCCGAUGGUGUUUUCCGCGCCGAGCUCAACGAAUUCUUCACCCGCGAACUCGCUGAAGAGGGCUACUCUGGUUGCGACGUCCGUGUAACCCACGCUCGCACUGAGAUCAUCAUCCGUGCUACCCACACCCAAGAAGUCCUUGGUGAAAAGGGCCGCCGCAUUCGCGAGCUCACUGCCCUCGUUACCAAGCGCUUCAAGUUCCCUGAGAAUUCUCUCGAACUCUAUGCCGAGAAAGUUCAGUACCGUGGUCUCUCCGCUAUCGCUCAAUGCGAGAGUUUGCGAUACAAGCUACUUGGCGGUCUUGCCGUCCGUCGUGCAUGCUAUGGUGUCCUUCGCUUCGUUAUGGAGUCUGGCGCCAAGGGUUGCGAGGUCGUCGUUUCUGGCAAACUUCGUGCCGCCCGUGCCAAAUCGAUGAAGUUCACCGACGGCUUCAUGAUCCAUUCCGGUCAGCCCGCUGUCGACUUUGUUGACUUUGCUGUCCGCCACGUCCUGCUGCGACAGGGUGUGCUGGGUAUCAAAGUCAAAAUCAUGAAAGGAACCGACCCUGAAGGCCAAAUGGGUCCUCGCAAACCCCUUCCUGACUCAGUCACCAUUCUCGAGCCCCCCGUCGACAAGCAAGUCACUGAGCCCACCUCUGAGCAACGGGAGCCUGUCGCCGUUGCACCGCCAGUUGCUGAGGAUGCUUAUGCUGCUCCUGCUCAAGACUACCAGCCCCAGGAGUCGUUUGAGCAACCCGUAUUCUGA